AGGCGCGGUGAUAUUGAUUUUGGCUAUGGUCGGAUUUGGGUUGAUAUUGUGAAGGACCAGCAGUACCUAGUUUAUUUCCGUGUUUACGGCGUUCGCUUAGGAACUCUAACCCUUGUAAAUACUGCAUGAGUAACUCUCUAUGUAUGUUCUUCUUUAUCGUGGUUCAUUCUCCAAAAAUACCUUCACUGAAAAUGUAAAUGUGUAACGGAGACUAAAAUGGCAUGAAGAUAAGGAUGGGCGGUCGUCCAAGUUCGUUUGGGAUGUUGAGGUAGUCCGAAGGGAUCGCCAUUGGCCUGGCCGGGCAGUUGUUGUGGGAGUUGACCUUUGUGUCGGCUGCCAUUUUGUCUCUACGGUGACAACGAGGGGUCAUAUCCGGGGCACUCACAUGACAUCCAAGCUCGUUCCGAUGCUUUUACUUCUAGCGGCCAGGGUAGCCACCGAGAUAUGGCAAGCGUCUCCUUUUGACGUUUUUGAGGGUUAAGUGCGUCUUCUACGACUGCGUGAACGAUGAUGCAGCAGAAAACACCACAGAUUCAGGCAAGCUCGACCCAUGUCGAGUUUACGUCGAUUGAGCAUCUUUUUCGGACCAAGCCGCUAGCAGAAAUCCGCUCGCUUCAUAGAGAAACGGAAAAGAACCUGUCGCAGAAAAAGAAAGAUCUUCGCCUCCUUGUCGGAAAUCAUUACAGACAGGUAGCAACUUUGUCUUCUUAUAAGGUAGGAAUUGUUGUAGGAGUUCUUAAUCUUAUCGCGAAGAAGUGACAAGCCGAAGGCUUCAGCUCAAGCACCGAACAGACAUAUAAACCACAGCUAACGAUCAUUAUCACGACGAUGAUGUAUUCCUAUUCCCAGGUCCUGGAGUCCUCGGACUUAGUCGGCGAGAUUCAGAAAUGUGCGGCAGAGUUUCAAAACUCGUUGAACGAAAUACAGAAGAUUCAAGCCCAGCCAGUAACAUGGAAUUUAGUAUCCGUAGACAGAAAGAAGCUCGCACAGCUUAUCGAUGCUCCUGCUCCGAGAAGACGUACAAUUCGUAUUCACUAGUUCUUGAACAAUUACUUCGACUUUUUAUUUUGUUCUUCAUGCUCGUCGUGGUUCGGCAUCAUGUUUAUUCAUCGACUAUUUCACAGGCGAUCCAGGAAGCAGCGCAACAGGGGCAAAGUUAGCUGAAGAUGCAGCUUCGAAGCACGACGAGGAGCAGGCUCAGGAACAGACGUACGAGUUUUGCCGCAAGAUGAAACAACUAUUGGAACUGCCGGAGACGAUGCGCGCAAAACUGUUAUCGCGUAACUUCUUUGAGGCGGUCGAGCUGUUGCUAGUGACAUUACCUAGACUCUAUGCAGAUGUCGAAGAAACAAUAGAAAAGAACACUUCUCAAAAAGGAGGAGCUGAUAGCAGUGCUAGUGCUGCUAGUACGUCGGUUUUUGCACAAAGCCGAGAGCUCGUUGCGCGGCAUAAACGCCAAAUGGAGACGAGUCGGAGUGCGGUCGUGUCGGCGUGCAUGGAAGCUCUUUCGGCGACGUGGCUGACGCCGGAAGCUUUUGCGGAGGCUGUCGCAUGUCUGAUGUACUUCGCGCGGGACAGGCCGUUGUCACAUUUUCUAACGCUGUUUGGUACACGACGACUUGAGACUAUGAAGGCAAAAAAAGCGACUGCGAAUUUGGAACGCAAGCAAGACAUUGCUGCUAGUGCCUCUGCAGGAGGUGCGAAGAUCGCGUCACGACUACAAGCAUCUCCUGCGCAGUCACCAGCCGCGAAAGGUACCACAUAUACCGCGAGCGACGCGCCACAGGAGAAGCAGCACAUGAACAGACUCUGCGAGGAGUUGAUUCUUUACGAGGCCAGUUUUCUCUGUCUUCACGCAGCGCGAGACCGUGUUCGGGACAACCUGAAAACUUAAGGCUAGUUUAUCACUACUCCAUGUGGAGUAUCUGUAUGCUGAGUGGAGUGGUCCUUGAUUAUGAACCCAAGGGGUAACUUACUAAGAGGGAAAAGGGGGGACUCAUUCUACCAGGGGUAGUGAAAAACUAGCGUUAAAAAACGUUGGUUGCACUGCUCGCGGAGUCGCCGGAAAUGCUCGCAAAGACGGCGCCUUCGGCAGAGAGUCUCCUCAAUCUCCUAGUGGUGGACGACAAAGCGCCAGACGCAGAGCAGUUAGCUGUGAUGCAUCUGUACGAAAACCUACACCCAGGCUACCGCUUUCCUCGCUGCGGAUCCUUGCAGCGCAUCCAUCAAGUCUGCCAAGAAACGAGCGAAUUGCUGUGGUCCUACCGUUUUCAGAGCGACUACAAGACACUCUGGCCAGCGUUUAUGGAGUACGGUGCCAACCUUCCAGACACGCUGCUCGUCCUUCGCGACAAAGCGGCUACGGAGAUGACGGCGUUGCUUGUAUUUUGAUUUCUUAUCUUCAUUGGCAUUCUCUGACUCUAUGUAAUACGGCUCCUUAGUAGGUAAAGGUAGUUAGGCUACGACUAUAACACGGAGCGAACACAUGACAUUCGAAGAAGCCUUGUGAUUUUCCGUUGCCGGAUCCGUAGGCUUUGAGUGGAGAGCAAGUUCAAUUGCCUGGCAGUGGCACUACCAUAAUUACUCAUCGAAACGGUAACCAAACUUUGUGCUCCAGGAAUCAUCGGUGUUUCAAAUUUCGAAUCCUCUGAAAUUGGAUUCAUUCGAGCCGCAGCUUGGUGAGAUUGUUCAGGACAUCGCGUCCCUGCCUGUCCAGUAUGCACAGAAUAGCACUCUGUCGACGGCGUUUUCCGAUAUUGUUUACAAUCUCUUCUAUUCUUGUCUCGUUGAGGAUCAUGAGCCACAGAGCAACGACGCCGCUGCCUCUGCCGGAGGUGGAAGCGCCAGUGGGCGGAGGGAGACGCGGGGAGGCAGCUCUUCAAGCACCAGAAAGAAUAUCGGAGGCGGAGCCGCGUCGGCAGUGCUACGGACUGCCGAGGCUGGUCUCGACUUAUACCAACUGGUCGAGUGGUUGCGAGACCGCAAGACCUUGCAGGACAAGUACUACCUGACUGACAGCGAUGGCCGUCUCGUCGCGCUCUUGUCGAAAACUGCAGGAGAAAUCCUAGAACAGUGGCUGGCGGAGCGGGUUCGACCUGAUCUACUGGCAUCGCUUUAUGCUGCCUCAUCAAGCGCCAGUUCCAACAUGGAAUACCAGAUUGCGACGCAACAGAUCGAUGACUCCUCGUGGGGUACGCUAGUAAAUCGACCUGACCCGGUGAAGGCAGUGGAUGGCGGAGGCGAGGCUCCGAAGUAUCAGAUACCGGUGAGUGCUUCCCCAGCAUUGCUGGAAUUCUUCCUCAACCUGCGAGUGGCAGAAUUCUUUUCAAAACGGUUUCAGUACGUGCCAGACGAUGCCUCUAGCAAAAUCAAAGACUACCUGUGCGAGGAGUUUCGAAAGGUACUACUAGCCAGACAGUCGUGACAGAAGUAUUUGCAAUGUGGAAAAAAGAUGAAAUUGAAAAUUGAGGUCGUAAGGACCAUUAUGUGCAAUCUCCAUUCCCCGCAUGCCCGUCAGGUUUUCGUCGAACAGCUUGCGUCGUUGCAGGUGGCAUCGGGCGCCAACUCUAGUGGUGGGCUUCCGCCAAUGCAGCUGCAGCUCUUAUUCGACGCUAGGUAUCUUCGAAGGCUCUUUGAGCAACGGUUUGCAGCAACUGCUGAAGCGAUAGAGGGCGCGGUCUUGGCAGAUCCUGUCGACCGGCUACUUUACACAGAGCCCAUUGACCGAGCGGUGGCUGAGUUCCUAGAAUCAACAGCGGUCCUUCUUGCACCGUUGUGUAGUGCGGCUUCUGAAGGCGACGCGCCGGCGGGCGGAAGCAUGUUGGUAACGCGAACUAUAUGAGGCUUAAUGAUAGAUAUUGACAUGCCUUUUUUGAUCUUCAAUUUCUUGAUUACAUUCUUCUUUCUGUUUCUUCUUGCUUCUGCUUGUUUCGUCAUCGGAUGGAGUUUACGUGCUCCACAGAAGCACGUCCCAAGAAACAUUUUCGGGGCUCAUAAUAGAAGCCUAUCAUCAUGAUCAGCUUUCGCAAACGCUUGGCGGCUCAUCGAAGGGUCCAGCACUUUUCACGCGGCUGGAGCACGAUCCCCCACUUUGCACGCAUGCAAUGCGAUUUCCGCAGCUACCCGUAAUAGACAACAAGAAGCAAACCCCUACUGUACCCCAGCCCGCAGUCCAGGCAAAGUCCUUCGGAGGCGCAGGCCUUUUUGCCGGUGCAAGCUCAGGCUUAGCAAAUCUGGCAGGAUGGAACAGAGGCUAGAUGUUUCUUGGCUUUACACAGUCAUACUAGCUAUUAUGCGAUUUCCAGAAACACUAUUCUUUCAUACAGUUCUGGAAAAUGAUUUUUGUUAGAACUCGUGUAUCUUUGCUUAGGCUUAGCGCCUUAGCAGCCUGAAAUCGUUUGCUGUAUGAAACGACCUGAAGAACAACUAGAGCUGUACAACACUUACAACACAGAUCCAUGUCUAUCUCUAACUCUAACUCUAUCCACUUUCGCUAUAAAAUAGCGAAAUUCUCUCACAAGCACUACCACUAGCAACGUGCUAACAGAUGGGCAACUGACAGUGUCAUGCAGGUGUUAAUCGCCCAGAAGUAGAAGGCUCAUUCCCAUAUUGAAGAUUAAAAAGACGAAUGCGCAGCAGCAAGAAGGGAGAGCGAGACAAAGCAAGGUAAACCAAUUUUAGACUGAGGUCGGAUAACCCCAUUAGUCGAGAAGCUGUGUGGCACUCCGAAGACUUCUGUGACAAAGCUGCUUGUGACCAUGAGCGGCAAUGAGUACCUUCCUAACUAUUUCUUGUACCCAUCCUCACCCUGUGAGGAUUUGCAAAAUCUUUGUUCCAUUCUGGUAGACGAAGACGCUGCAUAGAAGAGUUCGAUGUCAAUUAUCCUUG